GUACCCAGGUUCCUCCGGGGGAGGGUUUAACUAACCGGAAGCGGAAGUUUCGUCCUUUCUCAGCCUGCUUGCUUCUUGCCGCUUGCUGUGCCGGCCGCGCGUCCUCCGCGCCUCGUAGCCAUGCCUCGCAAAAUUGAGGAAAUCAAGGACUUCCUGCUCACGGCCCGGCGAAAGGACGCCAAAUCCGUCAAGAUCAAGAAAAAUAAGGAUAACGUGAAGUUUAAAGUCCGAUGCAGCAGGUACCUCUACACCUUGGUCAUCACAGACAAAGAGAAGGCAGAGAAGCUGAAGCAGUCCCUGCCCCCAGGUCUGGCAGUGAAGGAGCUGAAAUGAAGCAGACAUGCUGAUCUGAACUGUAUUAAAAUUUUAAAAAUUC